UUGGGCUGGGGCCCGGCUGGUUGCUAUGGGAGACGCCCGUUGCCGUCGGAUCGGCCAAGGCCAGCGCUUGUGCGCCUGCGCGGGAGGCUCCAGCCUGCCCCCUUCCGGCCGUUCGAUGAACUGCCGUCGCCCCUCCGCAGCCGGCGUGGGAAAUCUUCCUCCAAUUUUCUAGUGUGGCCCAACGGAAAUAAAAGGGGGGUGUCGUGGGGCUGCAUCUUGAUGAGCCCCCCCCUUCAACAAUCAUCCUCAUCCUUCUUAUGGAUGAAGUUUGAAUGGCAGCCAAACCAAAAUUACCUUUUUAGCUCCUACUAUCAUCACUGCCAGAAUAUCCAGAUGGCUUGUGAAUACUAUACUGUUUAUAACUAUGGCGACGAUGCUUCCAAUAUCCGGAACAGCUUCCCUGUUGAGGUCCCUGCUGAAAAUCAAGCUGACUUUCCAGUUGUAUCAGAGGAGGCUACAACUGAAGACCAGAGUGAAGAGCAACUAGAGGAUCCACAACUUUACCUGGAUGUUGAAGAACUAAACAAAGAGUUUAUGGUGGCAAGUGAAGAACUAUAUGACUCACUCAUGAACUGUCACUGGCAGCCUCUAGAUACGGUCAACUCGAAAAUCCCAAAUGACUUCCAAGAGGUUAACCGAAAUGCAUAAUUUUGCUGAGUCUUUGACUUUUUUUGGAAGCAUGCAUGUCACUACUCUCUGAUGUAUUGGGACACGCCAGCCUACUGGGAUUUCAUAGACACAUUUUUUUUUCUUUUGAAAUUUAAACAGGAUGCUAAAGAAUUAAACAAGCUGUAAAUAAAAUAUUGUGAGCAAA